UUGAAAGGCUUAGCGGAAAUGUAGUGUAUGCUAGCUUGAUCCAGGUCUGGUUCUUACUUCGCCACCACACAACAUCGUGACUCAAUGAUAACAACGCGGCUCUCAUGGCAGCGGCGAUCACUUUCUCUAUCACCCACAAGUGUGGUGGUGACCAUUGGAAUGAAAACGGUGGCAUGCUUUUAUCAAUGUAUCAACACGUUGCGCCUGCGCCCCGAACCUACGUGUCUUUUCCCCUCCUCAGUGUGAGGUAUGUGGCUUUGCUUUAAAACCAGCAGCUGCUUCACAGAGCAGAUCCAGAGAAGGACAUCAGGCACACGGAAAACACACAGCGACACACCCGCCUCCUGGAUCAUCCCUCUGGGGCUGAGACCGAGUAAUGUGCCGUCGAGAGCCGGAUGAGUCGUCUCGGUUCGUUUCUCUUUAAUGUGGAAGACGCUCUCUCUCAUGCAUUCUGAAUGAUCCCCCGCAGCCAGCUCCACGUAUUGAGAUGAUCUAUUUCUGUGAUGGCGAAGGGUCUGUUUCCACGGGCCUGGGUGAAAAAGUCUUUCUAUUUCCAGGUUGUUGGGUCGUUGAUGUCUCAGGUGCAAACAAGGAGACGCAAACUGCCGAGGACAGUCAGCUCUGUCCCAAGGAGCUCUGUGGAGGAGGCUCGAAUCUCCUUUGUUCGAGUGAAGUACCUUUUCCUGACAUGGCUGACCGUGCUGGUGGGGAGCUGGGUACUGUAUGUGCAAUAUUCCGCCUACACAGAGGUGUGCAGAGGACACGAGUGCAAGAACGCGAUUUGUGAUCAAUACAGAAAGGGGAUCAUCGAUGGCUCCGCCUGCAGCAGUCUGUGUGACAAAGAAACCCUCUACUUGGGCAGGUGUCAGUCAACACUGCCAAACAAACAGGUAUACACAGGAAGCUGGGGAGACCAUGACGGAAUCAUCCGCUGUAAACUGGGGGAGCUUUUGCACUACGAGCUGGGCGAGGAGCCGGAGCCUCGGAGGGAGAUACCCGUGUUCGACAAGCCCACUAAAGGCACAUCGGUGGAGAAGUUCAAAGAAAUGGUCUUUAACCACCUCAAGUCGAAGCUUGGAGAGCAGGCCAACCUCGCCAGCCUCGUCAGCCAGAUCCUGUCUGUCGCCGAUGGCAACCGAGACGGACGGGUGUCCCUGCCAGAGGCUCGCUCCACGUGGGCCCUCCUGCAGAUGGACGAGGUGCUGCUGGGCCUGCUGCUCCAGGACCGGGGACACACUCCUCGCCUCAUGGGCUACUGCGGGGACCUGUACAUGACCGAGCGAGUCCCCUACGGGCCCCUGUACGGUUUGUCUCUGCCGUGGCCGCUGGUGGCCUGGGUGCCGAGCAGCUUGCAGCGCACCAUAGACCAGUGGUUCACGCCUUCUUGGCCUCGCAAAGCCAAGAUAUCCAUGGGCCUGCUGGAGCUGGUAGAGGACAUCUUCCAUGGCACAUACGGCAGCUUCCUGAUCUGCGACCUCGCCGCCGCGCACUUCGGUUACACUGACCGCCACGAGAUCCGUCUCACCAACACCGGAGCCGUGGUUUCUGAGGACGAGUUCAGACGCACCAUGCGUGUGCUGAAGUGCGAGACAGAUGCUGACUGCGUGUACGGGGUGGACUGCCGGACGUCAUGCAACGUGUCGGAGAAGCGUUGCAGGGAGGAGCCCAUCCAGCCCAACUUGGCGAAAGCAUGCGGUGCACUUAAGGACUACAUCCUGCGUGGGGCGCCGUCAGCGAUGAGGGAGGAACUGGAGAGGCAGUUGUACGCCUGUAUGGCUCUGAAGGGUAACGCUGGACAGAUGAACAUGGAGCACUCGCUAAUCCUCAACAACCUGAAAGCUCUGCUGUGGAGACAGAUCUCUCACACCAAGGACUCGUGACGAGGAGAAGAAAUCUUUAUCAGUUCCUCACGUAGAGCUGAGUAUUGAAAAUGCUGUGAUAUAGAAGCUGCAAAUUUAAAAGAGUCAUUUUUACCAACUCUUAACAACAUAAUCUGAGUGAUGGAGACUCUACCUCCUCUGACCCAGUCACAGAGGUUCGGGGUCUGGAUUUACAUUAGCUGAAAUGAAUUGAACUAAAUGAUAGCAUGUUGCCAUCACUCACACAGACACGUUAUAUUGUAUUGUUCACAACUGUGGAAUGUUUCAUGAGUUAAUGAGUUACUGCUGGACAAAGAGCUGAGAGACUCAAUCUCUGUUUUUAUCACAGAUGUGUGGGUUAACUGAGAAGAGUUUAUUCUAUUUGGGAAAACAAGGAUUAAGUCAGUGAUGGUUGUGCAAAAGCUCAAAUUUGUGUACUGAAAUUACACUACAUUUAUUUAUCCCCCACAAUUCAACACAAGAUAUUUUUCCACAAAAAGGUUGAAAAAUUCCUAUCUCGCAACGUUUAGGAAUAUGAAGAAUUCAUUUCUGGAUUCACUCUUUGAUUCUGAUCUGCACCCAAAUUGAAUGGGUUCAAUUUGGGUCGUGCUCAAGCUGCUCACAAAAUUUCAUGGAAAUCGCUUUAGUACUUUCCUACUUUAGUACAAACAAAUGAAAAUAAGUCAAAUUAAAAGCUGAGAUUUGUGAGGGAAUUGAACAAAUAAUUGAAUAACUGGAUCCAGUGACAAAGAUCAACGACGCUGUUCAUGGUGGCUCUUCUGGUAGUUGUCACUCAUCUGUAUGAUGAAGUGUUGGCAGCUGAUUAGCUUAAAUGUGAUGGUAUUCAUGUGUCAGUACUGCACAGGGUUCAUACUGUGCCUCAGUGUACUUCAUCAUACUUCAAGUUUUCCACCUGUAAGUGAAUCAUCAAUGCUGCAUCAACGACAGAGAAAAUAAUGUAUUUAAUUUGGUCUGUGAAUGUUAUCUACUUGUACUUUUCACUGAUAAAAGCAUUUGUGGUAAUUGUACUGUAUCACCUUGUUUAUUGGGGAUUUCAUCUGUCACAGUGCCAGAGGUCAUGCUGAAGUCGUUCUCUGAUGAAUGUUAACUGCUGGUGACCGUGGAGAAGUUCAGCCACACAUUUCAAUGAUACAUAAAGACAAAUUCUCUAUAUAUUUUCCAUGGUCCCCUCCAGAAGUGACAGUGACCAUGUUGACAGCCUGAUCAUCGUUACCAAUGCACCUCAGCACAGACAUGACCUGUAAAGCACAUCAAGCUUGAGGUCAGUGCUGCUGUUUGGAAAUUGUAAAAAAAAACAAAAAACGAACAUGUUUACUUAUUGAAGAAACCAGCAUGAUUUUGCACAAUUAAACUACAUACCACUUCAC